GCACACACUACAAUUUUUUUUUCAACAGAUAAAUAAAUAUCAGCGAAUGCGGCGGAAUCGAAGUUUAUUAUCAAAUCUAAGGAAAAAAUUGUGCUAACAUCUCGUCCAUUUACAUGAAACCGAAGUCAAGCAUCUUUUGGAAGGUUUUUUAAGAGCUGUCAUAGAAAAAUGUGUGUGUAUGUGAUUGUGGUGAGGCAAAUUUAUGUUGGGUCGAUAAUUUGCAAUCAAUGAGAAUCGAAUUGUGUGUAUCUCAUUCACAAUUCAAUUAACAAUUCAACAGUAGCUGCAACAACAACAACAACAACAACAAAAGCCAUCCAUACUAAAUAGCUGAAUUGCGUUUUAUGAGUAUAAAAGGGUAUUGAAAGUGAACUCGUCAACUGUGAAUUAGUUUUAAUUGUGUGAGCUCGUCUGGCUGAUUUACUCGGAAUCGGACGGUUGUUUUUAUUUAAAUGUUUGUUUUCAAUUGUUAUCUUCGGUAGGACAGCGUUUGUGUGUGUUUUUUUUUCUUGCUAUAAAUCAAAUGACAUCAGCAUUAGUCUGACUGUAAAAAAAAAUAGGCUUAACUCGGACCUGGAUAAAUUCCGCAAUAUAUUGUGAAAAAUGACGUCGCCGAUGAGACCGAAAAAUAAAAAUGUCUUAUUGAAAGUAGUCAUAUUAGGUGAUGGAGGUGUCGGUAAAAGCUGUCUUAUGAAUCGAUUUAUGUCAAAUCAGUUCGAUGAAAACAGCUUUCACACCAUCGGCGUUGAGUUUCUGAGCAAGGACAUCGACAUUGAUGGCGAGAAAUACACACUUCAGUGCUGGGACACUGCAGGUCAGGAACGGUUCAAGGCACUUCGUACACCUUUCUAUCGUGGUUCCGAUAUUUGUUUGUUAACUUAUGCGGUGAACGAUCGAGACAGCUUCAGAGGCCUAAAACAUUGGCGAGAAGAGUUUAUUAAAUAUGCAGACGUUGAUGGUGAUAACUUCCCAUUCAUUGUGGUGGGCAACAAAAAUGAUGUGCCAACAAAUGAACGGGAGAUAACGUCUGAGGAGGUGCUAGCUUGGUGCCAAGAAUUUCAAGUGGUCAGUUUCAUCGAGACAUCAGCGAAAACAUCGGAAAAUGUGUCAGCCGCAUUCAUAUUGGCUGUACGAGAAUGGAAAAAAUUUGAACGAAUCACAGAUAUGACUGACGGCGAAGAUGCUAUCGACCUAACUCGAUCGGUUCAUUUGAAUGGACGGGGAAAAUCAUCAUGCUGCACGGGAAAUAGAAUUUCACAUUCACGACAAACUCACGAAGUACUCCAAUAAACGAAACAAAAAAAACACACACACACAUUUUGGCAAUUGAAUCAUUAACUCGACAUUCGAUGUACUCACGUUGAAAGUCAAUGUCAGCACGUUUUUAGUAAAUACUUUAUAAGUGCAACAAAUGAAGCAAAAAAAGACACACACCACAACAACAAUGUAAAUGACAAACGAAAAGCAAUGAAAGAAACAUGUGAAACUGUGAUUUCUACGAAGAAAAGAAAAAGAUUAUGUAAUUGUUACCGUUAUUAUUUUAUUUUGACGCGAUUGGAUGGCCUAGUUCAUGAUUGAGCUUGAGAUUUCUAUAGGUAUUUUUUUUAAAACAAAAUUGAAAUUGUGAACAAAUCUGAAAGCUGUUAUUAAAAAAUGGUUGCACAUUCCAGUCAGAAUCAUUUGCACACUGAUUCGUUGAUUAGUAAAAAUAGAUUUGGAAGUUGAAUAGAUAAUUUAAAAAAAAAAAUGGAUCUUGUAUGUACUUGCCAAUCAAUUGAAUUAUCGACAAUGAGGCUUUUGAUACAUUGUAAAUAAAGCUGUAGCGAGUCAAUUGAUGAAGAUGGAUUUCGUUGACCAAAGUGUCAGUUUCUGUAUCAUUCCAUGUGUUUAACAACUGAUUCUGAUGAAUGUUUGCAUAUCACAUUUGGCUCGAAUACUUGUGGAUAGAUAAACAUUCCUGUAAUACCAAAGGUUUUAAACUUCUAUGAAAUUGAUGUGAUUGUUUCAUCAUUUUGUGUUAUUUUCCUCAAUUAAAACCAAAUUUAUACAUAUUUGCUUAGCGAAAUUGUUUAUUUCUCAAAACUGCACUUUGGAUGGGAAAGAGAGAAAAGGAAAAAAAAAACAAUGUUUCACAUGAAUUGUAUUUAUUUCUAAUUUUAUUUCUUGAGAAUAUAUAUGUCAUGAAUAAACUAUAUAAAGCAAAAA